UGGUGUGCAGUAGAUAGGCUGUGUUGCAGUCAGAAGGGGUCUGCUGUGCAUUUGUGAGGGGCUGGCCCAGAAGGCGGGCUCUCGUUUGAUGUCGGUCGGCUCCUGGGCUGGUCAGAGAGUUGCUGGCACUUCUCGCUCUUCUUGCUUGCUCGCUCGCUCUCUCUCUCCCUCGGGUGAGGUGACACACAUAUGCUGGGAGCUGUGACCUCGUAGUACCGGAGAGCGGGUUUGCCCUGAGGAGAGAUGUCCGGAGAGGAGAGGCAGACACUGCUGAAGAGGGAAAAGCUGUGAGGGCUGAGCGGGGCUUGGAGGGGCUCAGGUUGGGGGAGAGGAGAGCGGAGUGAAGGGGAGAGGGACCCUAGCCCCUGUGUCCGGGGGAGAACAUGCUGGUUACAAACUGGUUGGCGGGGCUGAUCUGUCAUCUAUGCUUUCUGCACACUCGGUCCUUGGAAAGCCGGCUUCACCCCAAGCAAGCUAAUUUUGUGAAAACCCUUUCAUCAUACGAAAUUGUCAUACCUUCUCGAGUAAAUGACUUUGGAGAAGCCUUCCCACAUAACCAGCAUUUCAAAAGAAGGAAAAGAAGCACUGACUUUCAAACUUCACAGACUCAUGUCAACAAAACAAAUUAUUAUUUUUCUGCCUAUGGACAGCUCUUUCAUUUUAAUCUUACCAUCAAUGCAAAUUUUAUUGCAGACUCUUAUAGUGUUGUCCAUGUUGGAAAACCAAGUUAUGGUCACCUUGAAUCAUCAGACUUCAAACAUUGUUUUUACAGUGGGCAUGUUAAUGGUUUAGAGGAACAUACAGCUGCCAUGAGUCUUUGUGGUGGAAUGAUGGGUACUUUUAAAGCACAUGAUGGGGAAUAUUUUUUAGAACCAUUGAUAGAAUAUGUUGAUGAAGAACAUGAAGAUGAGCAAAGCAAACCACAUCUUCUCUACAAAAAGCAACAAAAGCUAGGAGAGCCUUCUGGAAAAUCAGGUCCAAACUGUGAGAUUUACAGGUACAAGUCUGAAAUGAAGAACAAUGUGGUGCCUGUUCAUGUUUCAAGCAACUUAGGAGAAGAUAUUGCCAUGUUUACAAAUUUGGAACAUUCUCUGACUUUACUACAAAAUUCCACAAAAGAAGAGGAUGUAAACAGGAUACACAUCAGAAGAAAACGCUUUAUAUCUUAUCCCAGAUAUGUAGAACUCAUGGUUGCAGCAGACGUAAAAAUGGUGCGACAUCACGGCCGAAAUUUACAGCACUACAUUUUAACUCUGAUGUCAAUAGUUGCUGCUAUUUAUAAAGAUCCAAGCAUUGGGAAUCUCAUUAAUAUCUUGAUUGUAAAGCUUAUAGUAAUUCACAGUGAACAGGAUGGACCAGUAAUCAGCUUUAAUGCAGCUACAACUCUUCACAACUUUUGUGUUUGGCAAAGAACGCAAAAUAUGCCUGAUGAUUCUCAUCCCUCUCAUUAUGAUACAGCUGUCCUCCUUACAAGGGAAGACAUAUGCAGAGCCAGUAAUAAAUGUGAUACUUUAGGAUUAGCUGAAUUAGGAACAAUGUGUGACCCUCACCGCAGCUGCUCUAUCAGUGAAGAAAAUGGCUUAGGUGCUGCAUUCACUAUAGCUCAUGAACUUGGACAUGUUUUUAAUAUGCCGCACGAUGACAGUUCAAAAUGCAAAGACAUAGGAAUUAAAAAUGAAUUUCAUGUGAUGUCUGCGAUUUUAAGUCAUGACACAAGCCCGUGGACAUGGUCUAAAUGCAGCCAGAAAUAUGUUACUGAGUUCCUAGACACAGGUUAUGGGGAAUGUCUACUUGAUAAGCCCAGUGGACGAGUUUAUGAAUUUUCACAUCAGUUACCUGGUAUAGUUUAUGAUGCUACUAAGCAAUGUGAACUGAUGUUUGGCAGCGGCUCACAAGUUUGUCCCUAUAUGAAACAGUGCAAGAGACUGUGGUGCACCAGUACUGAAGGAGCUCAUAACGGAUGUUUUACACAUCACAUGCCUUUGGCUGAUGGAAGUGACUGUGGACAUGGAAGGCAUUGUCGCAGUGGCCUUUGUGUGGACAAAGUUGACGCUCGUUCUGUAGAUGGUGGUUGGGGACCAUGGGAGCCAUAUAGUUCAUGUUCGAGAACCUGUGGAGGUGGAAUUAAAACAUCUUCUAGAAGCUGCAAUCAACCUGAACCAAGAAAUGGUGGCAAAUAUUGCGUAGGGAGGAGACUAAAAUUUAGAUCUUGUAGCACUGAUUUCUGUCCGAAAGGAAAGAAAGAUUUUAGAGAAGUGCAGUGUUCUCAAUAUGAUGGCAAACAUUUCAACAUCAAUGGCCUUACGACUAAUGUACGCUGGAUUCCAAAAUAUAGUGGAAUCUUAAUGAAAGAUCGCUGCAAGCUAUUUUGUCGUGUUUCUGGGACGUCGUCCUAUUACCAGCUGAAAGACAGAGUUGUUGAUGGUUCUCCUUGUGGUCCUGAAACGGAUGACUUGUGUGUUCAAGGGUUGUGCAGGCAAGCAGGUUGUGAUCAUGUUUUAAAUUCCAAAGCAAGAAAAGAUAAAUGUGGGGUUUGUGGCGGUGAUAAUUCCUCCUGUAAAACUGUGGCAGGAACCUUCAAUAAAGCUCAGUAUGGAUAUAAUACCAUUGUUAAAAUUCCAGCUGGAGCAACAAAUAUUGAUGUGCAUCAGCAUAGUUAUUCAGGAAGAACUGAUGAUGACAAUUACUUAGCUUUAUCUGACAGUCAGGGAAAUUUUGUCCUCAAUGGCAAUUUUGUUGUAAGUAGGUUUAAAAGGGAAAUAAAUGCCCGAGGUGCUGUUUUGGAAUAUAGUGGUUCCGACCAUGUUGUAGAAAGAAUUAACUGCACAGACCGUCUGGAGGAGGAUUUAAUUCUUCAGAUCCUAUGUGUUGGGAAUUUAUACAAUCCUGAUGUACGGUACACAUUUAAUAUACCCAUUGAAGAUAAAAGUAACCAGUUUUCUUGGGAUUGGUAUGGACCUUGGCAACCCUGCAAUAACAUAUGCCAAGGUGUCCGCAAGAGAAAGGUGACUUGCCUACGGAGAACUGACCGCGCUGUUGUUUCUGAACAGAGGUGUGAGAAUUUACCUCGCCCAGAAUCCAUAACUGAGCCAUGUAAUACAGAUUGUCAGUUAAGGUGGCUUGUGAUUAGUAAAAGUGACUGUUCAUCACAAUGUGGACCUGGACAUCGAUCUUUAGAUAUACGCUGCAUAAAAUAUUCUUCUGUAAGAGGCCUAACUACUCCAGUAGAAGAUAAGUACUGCAACAACUAUCCUAAACCUGCACAUCGAGAACCUUGCCAUGGGGACUGCCACUCUGUUAACUGGCGUUAUUCAGAAUGGUCCCAGUGCUCUCGGAGUUGUGGAAAUGGUGUGCAGUCAAGGGAAGCCUACUGUAUGAACAACCUUGGACACCGAUUGGUUGAUCGAGAGUGCAAUGAAGAUCAUAAAAUUGUAACCCAGACCUGUAAUGAACACUCUUGCCCUGACUGGAUUACCAGUGAAUGGAGUGAGUGCCUGGUGACAUGUGGAAAAGGUAAAAGACGCCGUCAUGUGAUGUGCCAGUUAAAUGAUGAACAACUGAAAGAUGAUUAUUGUGACCCAAACAACAAACCUGAGUCAGUCAUAUCCUGUGAGCUUCAAGAAUGUGCUUAUUGGCAUAUGGGACCUUGGGGACCAUGCUCAAAUUCAUGUGGACAAGGCUACCAACUUCGAACUGUAAAGUGCAGUACUGGAACUUAUGAGCCAGCUUUGGAUGAACGUGAAUGCAAUGCGGCUUCUCGACCAACAGAUAGCCAGGAUUGUGAAAGGAUUCCUUGUCCGGUACAGUCCCGUAUAUUACCAACUAUCUCUCCUGCAGAUCAAGUACAAAAGAAUGCACAGUGGAGAUAUGGGUCAUGGACGCCAUGCUCUGCCUCUUGCGGAAGGGGUAAUCGUGCUCGAUAUGUCAGCUGUCGAGAUGCACUAGGUGGAGUAGCUGAUGAAUCUUUUUGUACAUAUUUUCCACAACCGUCUGAAGUCUCCAGCUGUUUUACACCAUGUGGAGAAUGGCAAUCUGGUGACUGGUCUCCUUGCCCAGUAACAUGUGGAGAAGGAAAAAUUAUGAGACAGGUAGUUUGCACAAGUUAUCAUGGAAGGAUUGAUGAGGAAAACUGUGAUCCUGAGAACAGGCCUAUUAUAGAACAAGACUGCAAUAUAGCGCCAUGUCAAAUACACAAUCAUUUUCCUGGUAAUCAUAACUAUCCAAUGCUGUUUCCACAACCAGAAAGCCCACAAAAGUCUAGAGAAAAUGAUGUACAUAAUUCCAUCAACCAAAAGAACAAGCCUGCUCGAGGGAACCAGUGGCGAACUGGACCAUGGGGAGCAUGUUCCAGCACUUGUGCAGGUGGUUUUGAGCGCCGGGUUGUUGUAUGCCAAGAUAGUGAAGGAAGGAUUAGUCAUUUUUGUGAUGAGACAACCAAGCCUGCAGAAUCAAGACAUUGUAAUUCUGGACCAUGUCCUCGUUGGAACUAUGGAAGCUGGGGAGAAUGCACCCAGACAUGUGGAGGUGGAAUGAAAACAAGAUUAGUAAUCUGUCAGCUGACGAACGGACAAUUGUUGGAUGAUCAAAACUGUGAAAUUCUUGAUAAACCACCAAAUGUGGAACAGUGUAACACACAUUCAUGCCCUGCUGAUGCUUCUUGGCAUCCACGUCCAUGGAAAUCGUGUUCUGUCGCCUGUGGAAAAGGGGUGAAAAUUAGAGAUAUUCUAUGUAUGCUAAAUGGCCAGCCUGUAGAGGAAUUACACUGUAAACAUACUAGGAAGCCUCGUGUGCAGAAGAUAUGUAGGAUGGGUAGAUGUCCUUCAUGGAAAACUGGGAAGUGGGAAGAGUGUUCUGUGACCUGUGGAGUGGGAAUUCAACACAGACAUGUUUACUGCAGAAAGAAAGGACAAGGCCGAAUCGAGGAUAUGCUUUGCAAUCUCACUGCUCGUCCAGACAGUCAACAAUCCUGUAAAUUACCAGACUGUGUGCAGUAUUAUUGGGUUGCAGAUGAGUGGCCUAGUUGUUCUGCAGACUGUAAACAGGAGGAGUCCAGAAGAAAGAUAAAAUGUAUGGAGGGCAAUGGUAGAUCAGUGAAUGAAUCAUACUGUGAUGCUGUGGCUAAACCACCUGCCACUAAGAAAUGCACUAAUGCUGCAUGCAAAUACAUACUCGUCACUAAAGAUGUUUCUCAGUGUUCCAGAAGUUGCUGGUUUGGCCACAAACAAAAAAUGACUUAUUGUAGAACAGUACUGUCAAAGCAAAAUCAGUACAUGAAUGGCUUACGAACUGCCAGUUAUAAAAGCUGUCCUUUACGACAACAUUCAUUGGAUCACAAAUGCAAUGGAAAGAACUGCAUCCAAACAGUAUUUUGGAAAGUCGGGAAAUGGAGCAAGUGUUCAUCUGCAUGUGGUAUUGGAAUUAUCGAAAGAAAAGUGGUAUGUAUGACAGAGAACAACCACUCAAGUGACCUGUGUCCAUCACAUGUGAAACCAAGAUCUAGGAAGUCAUGUUUGUCAAAAUACUGUGAGUACAAGAGCUGCAAGGAAAUUCGUCUUAUUAAAAACACACAAGUUGAUGGUGAAUAUACACUAAAAAUUAACAACAGAAAAAUCAAGAUCUAUUGUGCGGGCAUGGAGUCAGAUAGCCCAAAAGAAUAUAUAACUUUAAUAAAAGGUGAAGCUGACAACUUUUCUGAGGUGUUUGGAUACAGGCUAAAAAACCCAUAUGAAUGUCCUUUUAAUGGGAGCAGAAAACAAGACUGUGUGUGUAAAAAUGAUUACCUUGCUGCUGGCCUCACUGUCUUUGGUAAAAUACGAUUGGAUAUCAUCUCAAUGCAAAUAAAAACUACAGAUCUUUUGUUUGCUCGAACAAUUCUUGGUAGAGCUGUUCCAUUUGCCACAGCAGGUGACUGCUACAGUGCUGCCAAGUGUCCACAGGGGCAGUUCAGCAUUAAUCUCUCAGGAACAGAUUUUCAAGUAUCAGAUGCAACCAAGUGGAUGGCUCAAGGGAAUUAUGCAACUGUAAAUGUGCACAAAUCACAGGAUGGGACUAAAGUAUAUGGAAGAUGUGGAGGGUAUUGUGGGAAAUGCAUUCCCAACUCAGCUAUUGGCCUCCAGGUUCAAGUACAAGAGCGUUAAUAAAAGAGCAGAUGGGUCACAUAUAAAUACUCUGAUUAUUGAAAAUGACUGAACAAUCACAGUGUUUGUGGCCCUAAAAAAGUUCUCAAUUCAGAUCUUUUCAAGAACUGUCAUUUGGUCAAUGGUAUGACUGGUAAAGUUCAAAGGAUUGAAUAUGACUUGUAAAGGGCCAGUACCUGCUUGUAUAGAUGGUACACAAAUCAACUCAACACAUUAUCAUAGUUGUCUUAGGACUUGUACAAUAACAACAACCAACAGAUCUGAGUAGAAACACUGGAUCGUAUUACUAGAUUUUUAAUUGGUGCUUUUACUUACAUGGGAACAUUGCCAUGAAAAAUUAUAAAAAAAAGCAUAACAUCCCAGUUCUGGUUAUAAAUUUGCUGCUAUAAAAGUUUUUUUUAUAGCCAGCAAUGUCCAUUUUCAGGACAGUGACACUCCUCAUUUGGUAUCAAUGUGGGAGUUUAUACUUUUAGAGCCUUUUCACACUGCCAGUGCCUGGGCGUCGGCAGUAAAGUGCUGCUAGUUUUUUGCAGCGCUUUUCGGGCGCUAGCGGGAU